AAUGGAGGGAACAAUACAACUAUGAUUGUGAUUGCUAGUGUAGUAUCAUCAUUAGCUGUAGCUGUUGCUCUCUUGCUGUUCUGGUAUUUUUCAUGCUGGAAAGGGCCAAGAAGAACAAAGGAGGAAAGAAGCCAAGAAAUUCUAUUACGAGAAAAUUCAAAUCACAGCUACCUGAAUGAAGGAGAAUUGCCUAUUACCGGUUAUGACAAUGGUGAACAAAUGCAUUACUUCAAUUUGACGACCAUAAGGUUAGCUACAAACAAUUUCUCUGAUGAAAAUAAGCUUGGAGAAGGAGGUUUUGGCCCAGUUUACAAGGGCAUUCUUCCUGCUGGAGAAGAAAUAGCAGUCAAAAGGCUUUCCAUGGUAUCAAAACAAGGUCUUGAAGAAUUCAGAAAUGAAGUGAUGGUCAUCGCUAAACUUCAGCACAAAAAUCUUGUAAGGCUGUUGGGAUAUUGCUUGGAAGGAGAUGAAAAGCUUCUUGUCUAUGAGUACCUGGCAAACACAAGCCUUGAUGCCUUCCUGUUUGAUCCAAAGAAAAGUAGGGAACUCGACUGGCCAAAGCGUGCUAAUAUUAUAUCAGGAACUGCAAGGGGCCGGCAGUAUCUACAUGAAGACUCUAGACUCAAAAUCGUACACCGUGAUAUGAAAGCAAGCAAUAUCUUGUUGGAUGAUCAGAUGAACCCAAAGAUAUCAAACUUUGGCACUGCAAGAAUUUUCGGAGGGAAUCAACUUGAGGCCAACACUAACAAAGUUGUUGGCACAUUUGGAUACAUGGCACCAGAAUGAUUUCAACAAAGUCAGAUGUUUACAGCUUCGGAAUCCUGUUGUUAGAAAUCAUUACUGGUAAAAAGAACAGAGGUUUCUACAGCCAAAAUCAAGCCCAAAGCCUCCUCUUACAUGCCUGGCAGCUGUGGAAUGAAGGCACAGGAAAGGAGUUGAUAGACAGAAAUAUAAUCGACUCUUGUCCAGUAAGUGAGGCUUUGAGAUGGAUCCAUAUUGCAUUACUUUGUGUUCAAGAUGAUCCUGCGCGUAGGCCAACCAUGUCAUUAGUUGUUCUCAUGCUUGGAAGUAAUGCUGUAAACCUUCCCCAACCAUCAACAGGUCCAAAAUCUCCGGUUAAAUUUACUUCAGUCCUGUCUCAUCAGUCUUCAGCAUCUUUGUCAGGAUCAUGUUUUCUUGCAUCUGAUCAAUCUACAGCUAGUGCUUCUUGGUAGUUAAGAAAUUUAUUACAUGGUUUCUUUGUAGCUAAGUGUGGUUUGUGUUUGUAAACACUAAUAGUCUGAUAGAAAUUAUGGUGCGUUCAUGAUUAUAGUAGGUUCCUCUAUAAGCUUUCGUGAUGUUGUAAAUCAUUUCAUUUCCUCACAUUCUCUUCAUCAUAUAUGUCAUAUAUGUUUGAUCAGGUUUUCA